AUGGGGCGCACGUUCGUAUGCUGCGACAAGCCAUGUGGGGUUCACUACCCGGUGCCUAAGAAGGGCAAGACGUUGUUGGAGCGUUUCGGGUACGUGGAUUAUGGCGCCGGCCGAAAUGCAGGCGCUUCGUGGUAUUUCUGCGGCGAGUGCGGCCAAGCUUUGGAGGGCUUUCAGGAAAGUUUAGACAUGUUUUCUUUGAUGGUGGGCACUGGUCUCUGGAUCGCUGCGUGCCGGCUGUACCCGGCCUGGUGUGCCAAACAGAGAUUCCCAAUGCGGAAGCGGUUUGAGAAAUACUCCAAGUCAAGUACGUUUGCUGAAACCAGGCACUGCCAGGCUCACUACCGCUUGGACCGAAUGAGUGUGUACUUGUACGGCCCGUGUCGUGACAUGUGCAUGGCUGCUCGUGACGAACUUGGUCUACUCUUCUGCGUGGCCUUGGCAAGAACCGUGCUGAACAAUGUGGAAAACCUAGAGAAGUUUUUGUUGCAUUACCGGGCCGACAAAGGAGCGCUGCCUACACCAUCCACGUGGAGUGAAGCUGCUGCGCAGCGUGUCCUUACGCAACUCCAGCUCCCUUUUGUCAUGGGCUACACUGCCAGAUUUCUUCCGCAGAAUUUCACUGGGGAAAGCGGGAAGUCUGAAGAGCUUGGCCUGCAGCUCCUGUCGCGCUUUGCGAAGUGCCUUGUGAAGCACCAGCCCUUUCCUUGGAAAGCGCUGCAAGGGAACGAGAAGACUUUGGACUUCUUACGUAAAGGUUUUGGGCUGCCGCAUUUGCAGAAUGCGUUCUUCUUUGCCGUGCUGGCGCGCGACCUUGGCGUGCUAUGGGGUGAAGAUGUCUUCAACGACCGCCUGUGUGCCAUGAUGGGGGAGAAUGCCAGAGAGGGCCUGCGGGAUUUGUUGCCGUCUGUCCCUGGCGUCCGCGGCAGGAAGUGGGCGGAUAGGCUUCAGCUGCUGACGAGUUGGCUUUGGGAGCAGCAGUGUGCGCACCAGCCAGCUGGCCUUCUUGAAGGCCUGGGAGUUCGAAAGUCCUUGCAGCUCGGAGAACAUAAUGCUUGCGAGUGGAUGCAGCAGCAUCAUCGCCCCAGCACUUGCAGCAGAGCGCCCGCGCGGCCGAGGCGGCCCGACAGCCAGCUGCGCUGGAUGUGGCACUCAGCAGGGCCUUUGCUUGUAGAGAACUGGCAGCUUUGGAGUCAAAGGCUUGGGGAGACACUCAUGUCGGACCAUAGCAUGCUGAUGGUGCUGCAGGGGGCUGGGAAAGGCCAGAAGCGCCGGGAAGAAGGCUGGGAGGUAGACUUCGCAGAUGUCCUUUUGAAGCGGCUUAAGACAAGCUAG